UAUAAAAUUAUAACCUUUAAAGUUCUCUACUUUAUUGCAUUUCUGUCUCGUGCGUUGACCUCGACGUUCCCUGUUUUGGUUUUCAACUGCGUGUACUGACUUGCAUUUUUAAAUGACCUAAUUCUGGCCAGGUUUUUCAAUCAGAAGUAUUAUUUUUUGCCAGUAAGUCCAUGACAGAUACAUGAACUGAAGUUCCAAUGAUGUCUUUAAAGCCCCGCAACGUGGACUUCCAAGAAACAUGGGCCAACCUCAAGGAGACUGUCGCCGGUGUGGUAGGGCUCCGAGCCGUGGAGCGUGCUGUAUGGAACACCCGCUUCUCAGACGUUUACGCGCUGUGUGUGGCGCACCCUGAGCCUUUAGCUGAUAAACUGUAUGACGAGACCAGAAACUUUCUGGAAGAGCACGUGUCUGGUCUUCUAGAGAGAGUUAGAGGAACCGCCCCGUUGGAGAACAACGACCAUAACGAUGGCCUGUUGACAAGAUAUGUGUCGGCAUGGAGGGAAUACAGCCAGGGCGUGGCGUAUUUGAACAGUUUAUACUCUUAUCUCAAUCUGCAACACAUCAAGCGACAGAAGGUGUCUGAUGCGGAGAUUAUUUAUGGAUCAGCCGCUACAGUCAGCUGCCCCGAACACGACUCCCGUCAGCUUGAGGUUGGGGAAUUAGGUCUAGUUAUCUGGGAAAGAGUGUUAGUAACACCUCUGUCUCGAGCGUUGUCGUCCAGGAUCGUAUCGGCGCUGUCGGCGGCCAGGUCGUCGCCCCCCGAUCCCGCUCACGCCGACGUUUUAAGGACAGCUAUACACAGCACUGUUGAUGUACAAUCGUUUCGCGUGCGCUCACCCUUGGCUCUUUACCAACAACUGGUGCUAGAGCCGUAUCUGGAAGCGGCGGCGGACGCGCAUGCGCGACUGGCAGCUGAUCUGCUCAAAGACGGAGACAUAUCACACUAUAUGAAGCAUAUUCUUGAAGGCUUGGACCGCGAGAUAUCGCUGGGCGCGCGGUUCCUGCACUCGUCCUCCCCGGAGGCGGUGCGCGGCUGCUACGAGCGCGCCGCGGUGGCCGCGCACCUGCCCGCGCUGCACGCGCACACCGACGCGCUGCUGCGCGACCCGCACCAGCGACGCGAGGACCUGAAGCGCAUGUACCAGCUGCUGCGGCCGCUGGCGGGCGCGGGCGCGCUGCGGCCGCUGGUGGAGGCGGCGCAUGCGCAGGCCGCGCGCGAAGGCCGCCAGCUACUCGCCGCCACACACAACAAGGACGAGGCUCACAUACACUUCGUUACGUCAAUGCUGAGCCUGCACAGCAAGUACACAGAACUGUUUGCUGAUGUGUUCGGAGGCGCCCAGGCGUUCGUUGGGGCGUUGGACAAGGCGUGCAGUGAGGUCGUGAACGCCCGGCCCGCGCCUGAUGCGCCUGCGCGCGCGCCGGAGCUGCUGGCGCGCUACUGCGACUCCUUGCUACGGAAGCGAUCUGGCGGCGAAGCGGAGGCGGACGACAAACUCGCCGGCGCGAUUGUAGUCUUUAAAUACGUGUGCGAUAAGGACGUGUUUCAGAAAUACUACGCCAGAGCGUUGGCCAGGAGGCUUAUACAUCAACUGUCCACUUCUAUGGAACAGGAGGAAGCAAUGAUAAACAGAUUGAAAGCCGCGUGCGGAUACGAGUUCACGAACAAAUUGCAUCGUAUGUUUACUGACGUCACCGUGUCAGCUGAUCUUAAUGCCAAAUUCCAGCAACACUUGAGGGAUAAUAAACUCACUCUGAGCGCUGGAUUCUUUAUACAGGUGCUGCAGGCGGGCGCGUGGCCCCUGGGCGGGGCGAUGGCGCCGCUGGCCCCGCCCGCGCAGCUGGAGCGCCCCGCGCGGCUGUUCGAGGCCUUCUACAGGGCCUCCUUCAGCGGCCGCCGCCUGGCCUGGCUCCACCAUCUGUGCACCGGCGAGCUGCGGACCAGAUAUACACACAGGGUGUACCACAUAAGCGCCAGCACUCCUCAAUGUGCAUUACUAUUAGCCUUCGAGAAACAGGAUAGUGCUCAUUCCAACGACCUCAGAGAAGCUUUACAACUCACUGGCGACGCGUGGCCCCGCCACGUGCGGCCGCUGCUGGAGGCGGGGCUGCUGGCGUGCGACGCGGACGAGGUCGCCGACGACGGCCCGCACGGCACGCUCAGCCUCAACCUCGCCUUCACCUGCAAGCGGACCAGGGUGCGGCUCACGUGCGCCAACGCGCCUCACCAGCCAGGUGGCGCUGGCAACAGUGGCGGCGGCGAAUCGUCAGAAACGACACACUGCGACGACGACCGCAAGAUGUAUCUCCAAGCGGCACUCGUGCGCAUCAUGAAGCAGAGGAAGGUGUUAAGACACACAGAACUGAUCCAGGAGGUGGUAUCUCAGGCACGUGGCUCGUUCGCGCCCUCUGUGGCGAUGAUCAAGAAGUGUAUCGAGGCCCUCAUUGACAAGCAGUACCUGGAGAGGGCCCCGGGCACGCUGGACACGUACUCGUAUCUCGCGUAACAAAGGUGAUGUAACAGGUAGAAAAUCGAUUUUUCCAUUCAUCGAAUCGACAAAAAUUUACAUUCUGAGCUGGAUAUACGAAAAUGGAAACCAUUUAAUGACGGUUUUUAUCAGUACGGAACGCAGACAUCUGAAAAAUGUAUAGAUAGGAUAUAGUUUCGUUUAUAUCGUAUGUACAUAAACCUAUAGACUCUGGGGGGCUACCAUGAAACAUAAAACACGUAGCGCGACAAUGCGUCCCCACGUUCUCCAUUCGUUUUUACACGAUAAGGGGAAAACGGACGGCACGUGGACUUUAGUAACGUGCCACGUGUCUGUAUGUUUCAUAGUAGGCCUUCAGAAGUAACUUCGUUCAUUCUUGACACUCUCUUCGCUUACACUCGAUUAGAAUUUUCUGAUUUUCCCGCCAGAAUACGCCAAUGAAACGUCAUUUGUGUCAAAUAAUACAAUGUCAUUGAAAUUUGACACAUAUGUGUCAAUGGCCAAUGAAAGAAAACUAUAAACAAAAAGCUAGCGUUAAACAAAUCAAUUUCCAUACAACUUCCCGGCAUUUAAUAAAAAAUGGACAUACACGAUGAGGGACGAAAUAUAUAAGCGCUCUGUACGGUUCUUUCAUGUCAUUUCGUCUAUGGUCAAAUUUUUGUCUAUGGUCCGAUUGGACACCAAUGUCGUUUGAAUUUGACGGACGUGUCAAUGGCAACAAUUUUUAAUGUACUUUGGGGCCUGGAAUCUUCAGCCACAGUCUCCUGUAAUCUCACUGCAUCUCUAACCCUCAAACCCGAACACGACAAUAUAUGCAAACCAAGGUCAACCUCUGAAGAACUUUUAUUGGACAUUACUCUAUCAUAAUAUUGCAUUUUUUGUCAAUUUUUAUACCACCGUAUUAUAUUAUUCAGAUGUCUGCGAUGGGAUUUGUGUUUUUGUAACAUAAAAAUAGUUUUAUAUAAACAAAAUUGUAUUUAAUACACCACGAUGCUGUAAAUUUAUAUGAUUUAGCCUUUAUUGGCGCAGUGAUAGAGAAUAUGCGGGUCGACUGCGCGUCACAUUGCUCCGAUGCGCUCCGAUAUUUUUUGCGACGUAGUUACAUGUACGUCGACACAUCAAUGUCAAACCUGUGUAAUACGACGGAGCGGCAACGGGCGUCGACGCAACGGAGCAGUGAGGCCUUAAUGUGCAAGAGACAUUUUUCUCAUCAAAAUUAUAGGAUGACCUGAAAUUGGAAAAUUUUAGUUAUUUUCUUGUUUAUUUAACAGCAGCGACGUCCUCGCCGUGUCAUUAACCUUUGUAUGUAAACAUUUGUUUUAUUCAAAGAUAUACAUAAACUUAAUAAAUUGACAUCCAAUCGGUUGUAUGUAUGCAUGCAUAUUAAUGAACUCUUAAAACCCAUCUUAGUCAAAAUAUAUUUUGUAUUGUUCUUUUAAGGGCUAAUAGGAAAGGCACAAUCAUAUGUUCUUUAACCAAAAUACUUUUUAAUUUAUCGAUAGUAUAAAUUCAAGUCUUCAUACUUUUGUUAAUCUAACUCACGAACUGCUGAACAGAUGUUUAUGCAAUUUGUACACGAGUAAUGUAACUGGUAUGGGAAUAUUAUUAUCUCGAAAUCCCCACGGAAACAAAGCCGCGAGACUCAGUUAGCGUAAAACUGAAAUCUUUUCCGAGUUUGCGUGUUGAAAAGAAAAUUUAAUGCAAUUAAUAUAUAUAUAUAGUAGCAUAUCUAUUGUUUUGUUGAGAUCUUGUAGCUUGACCCUGUAAAUGUAAUCUUUAUUUAAUAAUUAGUUGUAAUAAAAACCAUGAAAACCAA